AUGCGCUUUACAGAGCAAAGAAAAAUGGCGAAUCUUGUAGAAGCGACAACACAACGGCAGUUUGAAGAUUUCUUAGCCAAAGCUGGAAAAUGCCUAACUGUAGUGCAUUUCCAGGCAGCAUGGGCUCCCCAGUGUGCCCAAAUGAACGAAGUGAUGUCCGAACUGGCCAAGGAACACGCUCACACCACGUUCGUCAAGCUGGAGGCCGAAGCGGUGCCAGAGGUGUCGGAGAAGUAUGAAAUCAUCUCGGUCCCCACUUUCAUUUUCUUCAAAGCAGGGGAGAAGGUGGACCGCAUCGACGGAGCCCAUGCCCCGGAGCUGACCAAGAAGGUGCUGCGCUUGGCAGUCGCCGGCGGUCCGGUCGCAGCUGCGGAGAGCAGCGCCGCGGACCUGAACCAGCGGCUGAAGAAGCUGAUCAACGCGGCGCCGUGCAUGCUCUUCAUGAAGGGGUCCUCGCAGGAGCCCCGCUGCGGCUUCAGCCGCCAGAUAGUGGCCCUGCUGAAAGAGCACGGCAUCCAGUUCAGCAGCUUCGACAUUCUGUCCGACGAGGAGGUCAGGCAGGGGCUGAAGAUCUACUCCAACUGGCCCACAUUCCCUCAGCUGUAUGCGAACGGGGAGCUGGUGGGGGGACUGGACAUAGUGAAGGAGCUGGCAGAGUCUGGGGAGCUGGAGAACACCUGCCCGAAGGCUGUCACCUUGGAGCAGCGGCUGAAGGCCAUCAUCAACCGGAGUCCAGUCGUGCUGUUCAUGAAGGGCGACAAGGAGGCCGCAAAAUGUGGCUUCAGCAGGCAGACGCUGGAGAUUUUGAACGGCACCGGUGUCGACUAUGACACCUUUGAUAUCCUGCAGGAUGAAGAGGUGCGUCAGGGGCUCAAGACCUACUCCAACUGGCCAACUUACCCCCAGCUCUAUGUGAAAGGAGAUCUGAUCGGAGGUUUGGACAUCCUCAAGGAGCUGAAGGAGAGCGGAGACCUGGUGUCGGUGCUGAAGGGGGAGUCGUAGGUGGAUCUGCCCGGUCCACCAGGACCUACGAGAUGCCACUGCUGAUGCCCAGAUCGGCCCGGUGUCACUGAUCCUACACCGCGGCCAGAAAGUGAAUUCAUGGAGAUCAAUAGGUUUAAUGAUGGAUAGAAUAAUCAAACUGUCUGGAUAAGUUCACAUUCUACUUGAUGCAUUUGAUGAGAUUUGACUUUUGGUUCUCAUUUGUUUUGUUUUUCUCACAGUAAUUCUUGAAAGUACAUCUCAAGAAAUGUUUGGAGUGAUAUCAAACCAUCCCUGCGCUUGUCCCAAAUUCAUAAAUCUAUGAAAACAGCUGACAUGUGUUCACAUAUUCUGUUGUCAUUUUGUUUGGGGUUUACAUUUGUGCUUCCACAAUUUACACCCGAAGAACAUUGUCAUUUACUGAAGCAUUAUUUACCAAGCCUCUCUUUUCAUGCCCUCCUGUUGUUCGUCCAUGUAGAAAACAACUGUUCCCCAAUAAUCACUCUGGUUUAAAUACUUAUGUCUAAGUGGCACUUAUUUAAACAAUCUGUCCAUUAAUAACGUUCUGAUUAAACAAUAGAAAUUUAAGAUUUGGUGUUGUUUCUGAGGCAACUUUUAAAGCCAAUGUGGGAGAAAAUAUCUUGGUAGAAUUCAAUACAAAGGAUUACAUGAUGUAUAAGAUGAACGAUUAUAUAGCGUUUAACUGACUAUCAACUUAAAGUUUGAAAACUGCUACACGGAUCCAAUAAAGUGAACAGACUUACAAGC